AAACGAACCAAGCUUCAGCAACUUCUUGUGAUAUUCGACCUCAAAGUUGACAAAACAUCGAUCCAUAACUUUAACUUUAGGAAGCGUUCUCUCUGCCAUGGAAAAACUAGUGAGAUUUGUUCUGCUGCAGUUUAUCGUGCUGAUUGUCUGGUUACAUUCGGUGCGAUCGCAGGCGGUGGGGACAAAUUGUCUGGGCAGGGACUACCUCUGUCUGGACGAUCAACGGUACCAGAUUUGUAUCGAAACUCAACCCGGGUACUUCGAGACGGUAGACGAUCAACCGAACUACUGUCCACCUCAUUCGUUCUGCAGCAAUACCGGUGAGUUUGAGUGCGAUUCAUCGGUAGCCCCGAGCACAGCUAGUCCCCAGGUUGAUAAUUUACCGGCAGAAGGAUCAAGUACAGUCAUCCAAACAGAUGGACAACAACCAGAAGUAAACGACGAAACAAACAACACAGCUCCACCCGUUGAGGAAACUCAACCUGAUGUCGUUGAAGAGCCAGUAGAAGGUGAAGAUGACGUGGUAGAAGAACCACGCGAAAUACCUGUAUUCGAAGAGGAAAUUCCUGUAGAAGAUACGCAAGCAACCGAAGAAGACUCUCCUUCAGUUGUGGAGACCACCCAAGAAAAUAAAACGCCCGAGGAGUCACAAACCGAAACUUCGGAGCCACAAACCGAAGGCUCUCUAGGAGGUGUUGAAGAAGCCGAAGCCGAAACUGAAUCUGCAAACACAGUUGAUGAGGAGAAUCCUGAUUUGGACCACUCUUCAACGGUAGUUUCGGAAGAGCCUGCUACGACUACUGACGAAUCAGAAACCUCCGAAGGUGUUGAAGUUGAUGCUGCUGAAGCUACUUCAGAAGAGCCAAACCAAACCGAAGCGGAAGCUGAUGAAGAAACAACGGUACCAGAAGCUGUCGAUGGUGGACAAGAGUCGGUAACAGAGGAACAAACAUCAUCCUCAGUUGAUGAUAACGUGAACCAGACUACUGAACAGUCUCAAUCCGAAAACAACGCUGCUACGGAUGAAGUUGAAGAACCAGCAGAAAACACUGACGUUCAUGAGGAUUCAACUACUGAAGGUUCUCAGACCACCGAAGGACAAUCUGGUAACGAUAACAACGAUCAACAAAUCACAACAGAGGAGACUGUUCCAACUGGUUCCAAUGUUGAUGAGGAGAAUACUAAUGAGUCUGUUGUUGAGGGUGAGGACGCAGAUUCAGCUUCUCAAGCAAACACUGAGCAAUCACAAGCUUCUAGUAGUCCGGAUGAAACCGAAUCAUCUGCGGCCGUUGCUGAAGGAGAAACAACCUCGGACAGUUCUAAUGUAGUUGAGGAUGAAAACUCGAGCACCACUGUGGUUGAAGAGCAACACUCUUCCAGCACUGAAACAUCAGAGGUUACUGAACAAACCAGCGGAGCUACAAAUGACGGUGAAAUUAAUGAAUCAAGCCCAGUUGAUGACUCAACGUCACAGAGUCAGAACGAAGAGCCUUCAUCUACUCAGUCAAGUGCAACAUUUCAAGAAUCCACCUCGCAACAAAUAACUUCGACUGCUUCACCAUCAACCGAAGACAACUCUCCCGAAGACUCCGAAUCCGAAGACGAAACCUCCUCCCAAGACAGCGACAACGAAGUCGUAAGUCCAGCAACUACCCCUGCUCCCUUCGUCUGUCAACAAGCCGGUCGUUUCCCUCAUCCAACAGACUGUCAAAAAUACUACACCUGUCUCUUACUCCCAUUCGGCCUUUACGAACUCGAACGCAGCUGUUUCCCUGGAUGGGCCUACAACCCUACUCUACAACGAUGCACCACCGAUCAGGCACCCUGCUUCCCCGGAACGUUCACCUGCACCGGUCCCGGCCGUUUCUCGGAUCCUACCGACUCGACCAAAUACUUCUGGUGCAUCUGGAACGUCUUCGGAGGAUACCUCCAAUACAGUCUCAACUGCCCUCCCGGCCAAGUCUUCAACGAUUUCCGCAAAGUUUGUGUCGCCCCGCUGACCCCAAGACUCAGUUCCGAAACCGAUGAAGACAUCGAUGACUCUUCCGCAGUUCAAAAUCAUCCAGCAGAUCUUGACGAAGCCGAUUCCGAAGACCUGCUGCCUCCGGCACCUCCAGUGGUGGAAAAGGUUAGUUUCGCGUGUACCGAAGAAGGAACCUUUCCGGAUCCCAACAACUGUGCACGGUACUUCAUCUGCACCCUGAAGAAGAAGGACAAAUUCAAGAAGAGCAAACUGAAGUGCCCCAAGGGAACGCUGUUUGAUGUGGCCCUGGAAGUUUGUACUGCCGAUGAGGAUGUGAUUUGUGGUUCAACUGUUGAAAAAAUUUUUUUCGACUAGUGUGAAAAGUUUAAUUGAUUAUUAGUUGCUUUAAAAUGUUAUGAGAUGUAAAAGGGUGUUAUUAAAUUUAUUUUGCAUUUGAACUUUUUAAAUUUUAAAAUUUUUAAUGUAUCCAUGUCUUUUAUCACAUGUUUGUCAUAGUUUCAAUGUCUUUUUGAUAAUAGGUCCAAACAGAAAAGUCAUGAACAUGACGACAGAUUUCGAUUUGUUCUGUCUCCUCUAACUCCUGUUGCAUAUGAUGCAUCAUUAAUUUUUUACUUAUU